CUUGUCUCCUGCAGCGUUCCAUCCACGGAACGCUGAGAGAGAACCUUUGGCGGAUGCGCGGCUCGAGCCCUGGCAGCUCCCUGCUCCGCACAGUGCAAGCGGGAUGCGCGCUCGCAGCCAGGGGAAAGCGGAGGCUGCUGGCAGCCCUGGCAGUUGCCGUCUGUGUUUAGGCAGCAGGGGGACCGGAAGGGUAGGAGGAAGCAGGAGAGGGUUUCCUGAGAUGAGAGAUUACUUCCGUCCAUCCAUCCUGCCAGCCCCCCUCUCCUCAGUCUGCAGCCGGCUGGGGGUACUGAGGAACCAGCGCUGGGUCUCAGGGCAGUAGCAGCCACGCUUACUCCUGUCAGGGGGGGUGUUCUGUUGGCUCGUCACAAACCAGACCCAGAAGCCAGGUGGCCUCCGGCAUUUCUGAGCUCUCUAAAUCUCCACCCCAGAGAGAUGGUGGCCAAACAGCGGAUCCGGAUGGCAAACGAAAAGCACAGCAAAAACAUCACACAGAGAGGGAACGUAGCCAAAACCCUGAGGCCCCAAGAGGAGAAAUAUCCUGUAGGACCAUGGCUACUGGCACUGUUUGUUUUUGUUGUCUGUGGAUCAGCUAUCUUUCAGAUCAUUCAGAGUAUAAGGAUGGGCAUGUGAGGAGCUGCGUAGAUUCGACAUUGCCUUAUCAUCCAACACGGUGGACCAGAUACAAUUUUAGCCUGACAUAAAUGUGAAGAGCUCUUAUGUGAGAGUACCUGUGCGUUUCCUCUUGAAUGGGGCAGACCAAAUUACCUGCUGACCUGUCGUAUCGGUUGUGCAUGUGUUUUAACUGCCACAGCAGAAAAGGACAUUUUGCUUUUCUAUUGACUUAAUGAGUUAACCACAUUGGUUAGCUGUCAGUGCUGUUCAGUUGAUUUAUUUCUUCUUUUACCUAAUGUAUUUGUGUGUGAUCAUGUGAGUGCCUGUUUAUCUACUCUGUACAUUCUAAUUGUUUUAUGCUGGAAAUUUGUUUUUAUUACAAAUAAAUAUUCAUGUUCAACUUGA